AUUCAUAUCGACGGUCGAGAUCAUCUUUCGCAUUAUAUCAAGGCUCGGGACUUCCUCUCGCGUAAAUACCAGAUCGGCAUCGCUGAAAACCCUCGUUCUCGACAGCCCGGCCGCCGAUUCUCGUCUCCUCAUCGCCUUCUGUUUCAGAGAUCGCGAGAUGAUGACAGAAGCACCUUUCUUGCCGAGGGAGAGGCUGAGGAAGCACCAGGAGUACUUCCAAAAUGCUCACAAACACACAUACCUGAAGGGGCGGUACGAUAAAAUAACUUCGGUUGCGAUACCACUGGCACUAGCAAGCACCGUCAUUGUCCUCAUUGGCCGCGGGAUGUACAACAUGGCCAACGGGGUCGGGAAGAAACAAUGAACCAAGCACUCUCACAGCAUCAGGGAUUCUAUCCUCUUCCUCUUUAUUUUCCUCCUCGCAAAGUAUGGGUUUUCCAUUAGCAUCAAUAAUGAAAACACAGCUUUAUCUUUCCAUGAGCAUGGAUGCUCAUCUUUCUUUCAAAGUCAAUGGGUGAUCUUGUGUAGUUGUGCCCAAAACAAUUUGUGCAAAUGCGACCUUUUGCCCUCUCAAAAGCAACGCUUUUAGUUGGAACUUUUAACUGCUUAAUUAUAUGAGUAAAAAUUAAGAAAGAAUCUUAUAGUUUUUUAAA